AUGUCUGACCUCUGUCCUGUAUACGCCCCCUUCUUCAGUGCCAUGGGCUGCACCAGUGCUAUUGUUUUCACUUGCAUAGGAGCAAGUUAUGGUACUGCAAAAUCCGGUGUUGGGAUCUCUGCCAUGUCAGUACUACGACCCGACCUUAUGAUGAAAUGUGUGGUUCCCGUCAUUAUGGCUGGUAUUAUUGCCAUUUACGGUCUCGUCGUCUCGGUUCUCAUUGCUGGUGACCUGAGUGUAAGCAUGUCCCUCGCUCAAGGAUUUACACAACUUGGUGCUGGCCUCGCCGUCGGUCUUGCUGGCUUGGCAGCUGGUUUCGCCAUCGGUAUCGUUGGAGACGCUGGUGUGAGGGGUACUGCGCAGCAGCCACGGUUGUUUGUUGGAAUGAUCCUGAUUCUCAUUUUCGCUGAAGUUUUGGGUCUUUACGGUCUCAUUGUCGCCCUCAUAAUGAAUACUUCUUCGCAGACGAUGAAGUCUGUUUGUGCUUAA